AUGACCGGCCCCAAGCGGUUCAGUCUCCGGGUGUUGCUGCAGCUGUUCGCAAUCACGAUCUCCAUCUUCGUCCUCGCGGUGCUCUUCUGGAAGCUCGGGAGAUUCUUCCGCCGCUUCACCCAGGCCAAAGUUACCCAGUAUGGCAACGCGACCACUGCUCGUUACGCCCGGACCUGGUACGGUUGGGUACCAGUGGAGGGACAUGCUGGACUCAAGAAGCUCUUCCGAACCUGUUUCGACAAGUUCUGCAGGUGGACGGCGUGGCGAUCGUCGAACCAGGACUACAGCUGGGUGUGGUGGGAUCCGGGGCAGAGGGAUCUGAACAAAUACCGAGAGACGAGGCGGCCGUUGCGAUGGUUGCCUCGUUGGAUCAGGAGUUAUAGCUUCACUGCUGCCGAUACUAUCUGGAAUCCUAGGCCCGCUGACCAUGCUGGUGUCAUUGCUGCGCCGAGCAGUAGUCACCGGAGGCUUGAGUGGCUCUCCAACCAGCUCAUCCCCGGACGCAGACCGUACCAUUUUGCCUUGCUUGCCAAUCACUGGCUGAAUCCAGAGACAUGGAUUGUCAUUGACCCUCCUACUCGAAUCUCUAUUGAUGCUAGGCGCCGACUGGGAGAUCCAAGAUUCAAUGACCCAUACCCAGCCCCUGACUGGACCCCGAAGCCGAAAUACCCCAAGCUGCAACGCAGAACCGCCAAUGUCCCGAAAAUCAAUUCCUGGAGAGCAGCUGUAAAUCGGAACAGACGAGCGGGCGGCCUGGACGAUGUCAUCAAAGGUGUUGAGCUAUUUGAGGGUUCAGACGACGCACCCCCGGAUGGCAAGGUUGACCCUGCAUGCUGGAUCCUUCGUAAACCACCUAAAGGGUUCAGCAUGUCCUCUCGCCAGGGGGCCGUUUUCUAUGAAGGAGGAGCAGGCUGGCAAGAGACGCUAGAUGACUGGCAAAAGGUUCGCCGUGGCUAUCGAAUCCGGAAGGCGAUCCACGAAGGAAGGGCAAAUCGGAGACGAGCAAAAGAGAUUGCGCUUGGUAUUACGAGAUAUUAUCGACUGGGCAUCUCCAAAAUCUCCUGA